AUGGUGAGGGGCCAGGGGAGCCGGGCCCCGCCCCGGGGGUAUUUAAGGCCACUGCCCGGGGGCUGCCCUGGGUCCGGUGCGAUGGCCGAGGAAGCGAUGGCGAGCUACCUCUACACCGCCUACCACCCCUACUCCUACCGCUAUCCACCGCCCAAGGGCAAAGGUGGGGCGGCGGGCGGCUGGCGCCCGCGGGGCAGCAGCAGCUACUACUCGGGCUACGGGGAGGCGGCCGCCGAGUACUUCGACAACUACCAACGGGCGCAGCUGAAGGCCAUCCUGUCCCAGGUCAACCCCAACCUGACGCCGCGGCUCCGCAAGGCCAACACCAAGGAGGUGGGCGUGCAGGUGAACCCGCGGCAGGACGCCUCGGUGCAGUGCUCGCUCGGGCGCCGCACGCUGCUGCGCCGCCCCCCCGGCCCCGCCGCGCCGCGGCCCCGUGAGGCGCAGCGAGAGCAGGAGCUGGGCAGCCCCGCCACCACCAACACCCGCGCCGUGCGCUUCCCCCGCACCAUCGCCGUCUACUCGCCCGUGGCGUCCCGCAGACUCACCGCCUUCCUGGAGGAGCCGAGCCCGGAGCCGGAGCGGCGGCCGCAGCAGGACAAAGCGCCGGCCGUCGAGGAGGAGCCGGCCGCGCUGAGGGAGCAGCGAGCGGCGGAGGCGGCUGCCGUGAGGGCGAGCUGGGAGAAGCCCCCCGAGGUUGGCGCCGAGCCGCUGGAGCAGCGCUCGGCCGCCCCCCCGGAGCCGGCGACGGAGGAAAGCCAGGAGCAGCCGGCAGAGCCUUCAGCCCAGGCAGGGGCAGCAGAGCCGUCAGCCCUGGCAGAGCCUUCAGCCCAGGCAGGGGCGGCAGAGCCGGCAGCCCAGCCGGCAGAACCACCGGCCUCACCCCAGAAGCAGCAGCAGGCGUCGGCGGGCAAGACCCGCCUGCGCUUCCAGUUUCUGGAGCAGAAGUACGGGUACUACCACUGCAAGGCCUGCAACAUCCGCUGGGAGAGCGCCUACGUCUGGUGCGUCCAGGGCACCAACAAGGUCUAUUUCCGUCAGUUCUGCCGGACCUGCCAGAAGUCCUACAACCCGUACCGCGUGGAGGACAUCACCUGCCAGAGCUGCAAGCAGACGCGGUGCACCUGCCCCGUGAAGAUGCGCCACGUGGAUCCCAAGAGGCCCCACCGCCAGGACCUCUGUGGGAGAUGCAAAGGGAAACGCCUCUCCUGUGAUAGCACUUUCAGUUUCAAAUACAUCAUCUGAGUGGGAUGGGGUUCCUUGUUUUUGUUUAGGGCUCUUCAAGAAAACUGCAAGUAGAGCAGAUUUUUUUGUUGUUGUUGUUUUUGAUGGUAUUGUUGAAGGUAAUUGGUGAGAUGUAGCUAGGAAAGCAUGAAAAUAAAAGCAUUGCAAAGCAUACUCAAAUGAUCAGGUGGGUUUGUGCCCAGCUCAGAGGAUGCAUAUUGUAAAUUCUGUAACUUGCAUGGGCAACAAGCCUAGAGGUGUAUUGUAAAUCAGUGAUGGUCUUGGAAGCAACUGACUUAGGAUUUUGUAGACUCUCAGGUGGAAAGGGUUUCUGUUUCUGCUCCUGCUCUUGAACUAAUCAAAUGCCUGAAGUUAACAUAAAAUUGACAUCUGUAGUAGGUAGUAGACCAUCCUUCAUGAUGAACAAAACACCAGUAGUAUUCACUUGUUUUGCACACCUCUAUUCAAUAUAUAAAGUAUCCUGCACCUGUUUUUCAUCACUAGAAAAUGAUUGAGAAAUGCUGCAUAAGUACUGAAUCACUUCUACUGCUACUGGCCUGCAUUUAGCUAAGUUGGUGUUUUUUGUCUGUAAGAGUGGAAGAAAGCUUUUCAGGGAUGGUUCUCACAAAGUGCUGAGGAAUGGAGUCACCGAUGUUAUGGUGAGGUCUCUUGGUAAAUGUAUCAUUCAUCUCACACAAGGUUACAGAGAGACGUGACACUGCAGAGGAGCAAGAUGCAAUAAUACUGCAUCUGCUUGGCUUCCUCUUCAACCUGCAGGUGAAGUGCAAGAGCGAUGCGCUAGGUGGAUUGUA